AGUUACAAACUUAAAAGCGUAUCUAACAGUCGCACAUACUUUUGCAAUAUGAUAAGACGCCAACUGCUUAGCAAUAAAACCAGGCAAAAAAUAAAAGGAAAAACAUCCGGUAGGGCUAAGCAUUGAUAAAAAUCAAAAUCAAGCCAUAAUACCACGAGCCAGCGUUCGUAUAAUUUAAACAGUUGCUGAUAAGAAUAGAAGCGGCAGCACAGGUGAACACAACUGCACGAUCAGCUGAUCGUUUAAAUGUUUUGAUAAGCCGAUAAGUUCAAUUCGAAACGGAUCGAAUGCAUUUGCUUAAAUUGUUGCCAGGCCACGUUCUUGAGGCUGUCGCUGGCUAUUUGUUGAUAAUUGUUGCUAAUCUUAGCGUUGCGCUUUAUGUGCUCUCUCUCUCUCUCUCUCUCGCUCUCUCUCUCUGUCUCUUUCUAGCCUACACACAUCGCGAGCUGUUGCAGCAACGUGGCAUUGGUCGCAGCCAGAUGUCAGCUGGCGAUAAGUGCGUCUCCAUCCAUCCAUCUUAUCAGGCCUCGAUACGUUUGCUGACCGAGGAGCAGGAUUACUUUGGCAAGGGACACAUUUGUUCUGGCGCGCUAGUGGCGCCCUCUGUAGUGCUGACUGUGGCACAAUGUCUAUAUAACUCGGCCAAGCGUAGUUACUAUCAUCCCGCCGAGCUGCGUGUGGCCUUGGGCAACAGCCAGCGCUUUGCACCCUCCGCCCAGGGACUGGUCUAUGGGGUGACGCACAUUUAUCAGUCACCCAAGCAGCGAUCGCUGGCCAUACUGAUGCUGGAGCAGGAUGUGCCCAGUGCGGAGACACAGACACGCAUUCAACCCAUUGCGCUGCCUUUGGCCAAUGCAGUGGCGGCGCAGCAGCCGUCGGACACGUGGCUGGUCAGCAGCUGGGGCACUGCUGGCUAUGAGCAGCAGCAGCAGCAGCUGCAUGAUCUGCUGAAUCUGCCUGUGAAUCAAACGCAGUGCGAGCAGCCGCAGCAGCUGUGUGUGCUCUAUGCUGAGCAAGUGCAGCAAUCGCAGCUGGCGCUGGACACGGGCGCCACGUUGACUGCUGAGAAUUCGUUGCUUGGGCUGCGCAGCGAGUCGCAGAGCACGUUUGUGGAUGUGGCCAGCCAUGUGGACUGGAUACAGGAGUGCAUUGGUGAUGGCACCAAUCAGAACAGCUCCAUUUGGGGCAUGCUGGGACUGCUGGUGUUCACCGUCUAUGUGCUCAAGUGCAGUCGCAAGAGUUUCUUCGCCUAAAACUAUGUUACACACUUAAGCUUAAGAUAAAGCAUUGUGAUAAUCUCUGAGGCGUUAGUUCUCAGCUUAGUAUAAACAAAUAUGCUCGUUUAACUAAUUUUAAUA